AUGCCCCGCUCCGUUGGCACCGCAAGUGAAACAUUGAAUCCUGACAAUGCAGGCAUGCCUUUGGCCAAAAGUCUGGAGGAGAUUGAGAUGGACAAGAUGCGAGCGAAGAUGAGCAAAGACGUGGAAAUGAGAAAUGCGAGGAGAGCGCAAAGAGGGAAAGAUAUGGAGGCCAAAGGCCAAGAUCCCCAAGAUGUCUCAGACGACGAAGAGGAUGAGUCCGAGCUUGUUGUUGAGACCGUACAGAGAGCUGUCGAAGCCAAAGGGAAGAGUUCAGAACCACUCAGGACCACAAAUCCAAUAGUGCCUGCAAUCAUGCCAACAACGGCUGCUGCCUCUGCGACCUCGAUGGAUUCCGCGCUCACCACGAUGUUCUCAGACGAUAAACGGAGAGGAAUGCGGAAGCUUACAGUCCUAAUGAAACCACCAUCCACGAAGAUUACAAGGCUCUGCCCAUACAUCGAAUCUGCAUUUCCCUUACCAUGUUCCACCCGAAUUACCUGCGUAACCUCCAAUAUAGUAGCGACGCUUUACCACGGGUCAAAAUUACAUGAACCUCCACCGAUGGAACAAGCCGGAUUUUCAACGUUUUAG